GCAGUCGAAAAAAAUUAUGUUUCUCCACCUACCAAUUCGCGUCCCCCAAAAAUCGUUGGAUCUCGCUCGCGUGUGGAGCUCGUUGCUCCGUUAGCGGCAAAUCGAAAAGAUACACUUUACGGCAAGAUAAAGUUCGUUCAAACCGCCGCUGCAAAACUCAGAAAACACCUUAAACGCCGAACGCACGUAAAAUACGAAUAAUUAAUCAGAUAAUAAAAAUGUGUAAACAGCUGUGUUUAGCUCAUUAAAAUAUAUUGUUUAUAAUCUUACGGGAUGCUAGAAGCCUGCUAAAAAUAUUUACCGUGGGUGUUUGUGUUUUUUUGCAAAGGCGCCCCCCCUAAUUUUCGCCGAAGGGGCGUGGGAAUAUUAGCGUGCCUGUAUUGGUGUUUUGUGUAUAACAUGGAUAUAAAAGAAUUUCGCAGAUAAAUCCUUUUACAACAAAUUCUAGUGCUGAUGAAAUAAACUUAUUGAAUUCGCAUAAAUAUUUUGAGAGAGUUGAAGAAAAAGGAUAACGGAUUAGUCAUCGCUGGCAGCGACGUCGACUGCGCAGUCGGCAGCGCAUCCUGACUGCCUGUGCGUGUGUGUGUGCGUGUAUCUCUCUCUAUUUUUAAAUUUCCGCCGGUUUUCGCACAAAAACAAAAACAACGGUAGGUGAACAGGGGAGCGGACCAAUAACAACAACAACUUGUUUGCUUGAUCCCUGAAAGAGAGCGAAGGAAGGAGCAGGAUGGAGAGAAAAUUUACGCGGGGCUUAAAUAAGCUCGGCUCAGCGGUGCAAAUGAGAGAGAAUGUCUCUCAGCUGGUGCGGGAGAGCGCGGUUUUGAUGAACUGCACUGGCCGCUAUCAGCGUAGCCUCUCCAUUGCGAACAAGCCACUCGUGGUGGAGCCGAUCGACUUCGAAGCCUUUAUAGCUAAAAAUAAAACUGUUAUCCAAAAUGAUCCACAGAGGGAGCUACUCAUAUAUCCCGCAGAUGAUGUCUCGGAGAUUAUUAUGCCGCGCAAGCAGCGGACCAACGCCAAAUCUGUGGCCGACAGGUUCGAUCCCCCCAAUGAGGCGAUUGUUUGCCCUCUUCAUGGUCCAUCCAUCAUUUCGAAUGGAAAUGGGCACAGUCAAGUGAGUCGACAGGGUAGCAUUCAGUCGAAUGGGAGUCACCACAAUGGGAAUGGACACACCAGCAGCAGCAGUAGCAGCAGUUUGACAAAUUCCAAUGGACACGGUCAACUCUCAAGGAAGAGUUCUCAGUGCUCUAAUGGCUCCUCGAGCCACAAGGAUUCCUCAUAUGAGUCAGCCCUGUCCUCGAUCACGCUCCGCUCCAACUUGGCUCAGCCGGAGGAGGUGGAUGAAUUUGCGGACGAUGGCCAUGGCGAGGAUUUGGUCGAUGGACAGCCUCAUGGAUCCAGAGCGGAGUGCACCCGAUUCACACGGCAGGCGUUGUACACUUACAGGGCAAAAAAUCAUUUGAUUCACUAUAAAUACAAUGCUUACGGUGGAAAUUGCCAUGAUCUGCCCAGUAUCUCCCCUGCUGAGGAACUGCUGGAGGAGGUCUAUGAAAUCGAUGCAGAUCAGGAUCGCAUUGACGAGCAGAUGACUCGUUCCCAGGCGGACACCAUUACCAAGCAGGGGUAUCUCCUAAAAGGACCCGAUUCGGCCUCAGAUCGAAUGUUUGCCAACAUUGGUAACAAGUCCUUUAAGCGUAGAUAUUGUUAUCUGCGGCAGGAGAUCGAUGGCACCUACAUAUUGGAACUGCACAAGGAUGAGAAGCAGGGCGAGGCUAAAGCCACUAUAGUCAUGGAUUUUUGCACCGAUGUGGUGCAGAAUCCCAAACGUGGUCGUUUUUGUUUCGAACUCCGCAUGACAACGGGUCAUAAAUCCUUCACCCUGGCCGCCGAAAACGAGCAGGACUUUAAGGACUGGCUGAGCAAAAUUUCCUCGGUUUUGGCCCAAAAUCGUGCCCAAGAGGAGAAGCGAAAUGCUUCGCUGGAGCGUCAGCCCUCCAUUAGUUCGAAUCCAAGCCCCCAACUGCAGCCGCCAGCAAUGGAACCCCAAAUCUUUGGCACCCUCAAGGGGUUAGAUCAAUCACUGCACCCUCAACUGAUGAAGUACGGAAGGGAAACGGAUCACUCUAUUGCGUUGGCCAGAAGGGAACAGCGGCGUCGGUUAUUCGCCUGCUAUCAGUCGCCAGCCAAGAGCAGUGGUAGUGAUAAUAUCGAGCAGUAUCGAGAGCACUUUGGCACACGGUUGCUGCUCACCUGCCACAACCUGCGCUUCCGGCUGCAGUGCAUCCCACAGGACGAGGGCUCGACGUCUGGAGUUGAACAGCAAGUGGAGCCCUAUAUCACCAGCCUGGCCCUGUACGAUGCCAAGGCGAAUCGAAAGUUGAGCGAGAACUUUUACUUCAACGUUAAUGAGCAUUGGGCAGCCCAGCUACUACCGAAUACCCCAGUUCCUUCAUCUGUGGCCGGUUGCGGAGUUCCUAGAAAGUCAGCGGAUGGCGAUGAGAGGAACUCCUCCUCCCAGGCACCUCACUCCCUGUUCGAUGGAGUCUCCGCCGAGUUGCUACGAGCGAAUCGCCAGCAAUUUCAGCAACUCAGGCAGUGUCUGCUUUCUGUUACAGCCCCACAUGCCGAUAUCUAUUUGGUAGUGCGAGUGGAAAAACUCCUGCAAUCUGGAAUAGCUCAGGCUGCAGAACCCUAUCUAAAAGCAGGCAAGGAUCCGAAAUUGGGUCAGAAAGUCUACAAAGCGGCAAAGAACUGCGCUCAUUACAUUGGGCAUUAUAGACAGCCUUUUGCCUGGGCAGCAAGACCUCUGUUCAAGCAGUACAGCCACGAAUUGGAUGUGGAUCCCAAAAAGGAGUUUGAAUUCAGUCCCAUUUACCGCCAGGAAUUACCAAAACUUAAGGACGAUGAACUCCUAAAGCUAUUGGUCGAUUUUCGCAAGCCCGAGAAACUGAGCAAACUAACCAUCAUUCCUGGUAGCCUAAAGAUGCAGAUGCAGUUCCUGGACCAAACCACUCCCUGUGGCUUGAGCAAAUCCCUGGCUCCUCUGUCAACCUAUAAUCCAUCUUCCAAGCAAUCGCCCACUAUUGAGUUGGCCGAAUUCCAGAGCCAAAGCGAACGGGAUGCACAUCCUUAUACGAGCUUCUGUAACCACCUCUAUGUGUAUCCAUUGAGUUUGCAAUUCGACAGCCAGAAACUAUUCUCCCGAGCCAGGAACAUCACGGUGGUGGUGGAGCUACGGGAUGGAGAUGGGGAGUACAGCAAACCUUUGAAGUGCAUCUAUGGUCGCCCUGGCCAGGAUCUUUUGGUAUCCCAGAUCGCCUGUCCAGUGCUUCAUCACAAUGUGACUCCCACUUGGUACGAGGAGAUCAAACUGCGACUUCCGUUGGGUCUGUUUCCGGAACACCACCUGCUCUUCUCCUUUUACCAUGUGUCCUGUAAUCUGAGCAAGAAGAGGGAAGCAAAUGCGGCUUUUGAGACACCCAUUGGUUAUGCCUGGUUGCCAUUGCUCCAGAAGAACAGAAUUUGUUUGGAGGAACAGCAGCUGCCGGUGGCUGCCACCUUGCCAGUGGGCUAUCUUUCGAUUCAGCCCUUGGGAUGGGGCAAGGGGCAGAACUGCGGUCCGGAUAUCCAGUGGAUCGAUAAUCAGAGGAAUCUAUACACGGUGGGGUUGCGUCUGGACUCCACGGUGCUUACGGCCGAUCAGCAUUUGCAUAACUUUUUUGGACACUGUGAGAGAUUGCUGGAGGGCGGGAAAACUGGAGCCGUGCCGGCGGAAACGGAAACGUGCAAGAUUUUGAAAGCAGCCCAUGCCAUCGAUAUGAAAUCGUUGAUUAACUAUUUACCCACGGUUCUCAAUGAGCUCUUCACCUUGCUGGUUCACACUCAAUCCGAGGAAAUAGGCUUGAAUGUCAUCCGCUUGAUAACGAACAUUAUCCAUUUGAUAAGCGAUCAGGCCAAGAGACCCGAUCUUUUGGCAGCCUAUGUGAAAUACGUAUUCCAUGCACCCUACUACAGCCAGCAAACAGCCAGACAGAGGACUGUCCAUGGGGAACUGUGCAGGCACUUACCCUACCUCCUGAAUCCCAGCAAUCCCGAUUUCCUGAUCGUUAACAAGUUCAUGAGAUACUCCUCGAUAUUCUUCGAUCUGAUUGUGAAGAGCAUGGCUCAACAUUUGUUGGCCACCGGAAGGAUUCGAAUGCUGCGCAACGAGCGGUUUCCCAAGGAGUACGCCGAUCGGGUGGAGCAGUUGAUCAAGGUCUUAAUGCCGUACAUAACCACCCGAUAUGAGGACUUGGGCGAGGAGACGCAUCUGCUGAAUCGCUCUUUGGCUAAAUUUGUGCGCCAAUGCCUCAGUUACAUGGACAGAGGAUUCGUCUUUCGAUUGAUUCGCUGUUAUAUGGCUGACUUUUCGCCUGGCAAUACGCGGAUACUUCACGAAUACAAGUUUAACUUUCUGCAAGAGAUCUGUCAGCAUGAGCACUAUGUACCCCUUAAUCUGCCAUUUGUUUUGAAUCCGAAGAACAGACCGCCUGAGAUGAUGCAGCACUUCACUUUGUCCGAGCAGUUCUGCAGGCAGCAUUUCUUAUCGGGAUUGCUUCUUCAGGAACUGAAAAGUAGUCUCAAUGAAAUUGGCCAUGUUAGGCGUCAUGCUCUGGGAAUCUUCAAGGAUCUGCUGGCCAAACACGAGCUGGACAAUCGAUAUCAGCAGAGGGGUCAGCUCUCGAGGAUAGCCCUACUCUAUGUUCCAUGGCUGGGCGUUGUGAUGGACAACAUCCAUCGGAUUGAUGACCUUUCAGAGUCUGGAGCUUGUACGCCCAAUGGACAUGUUUAUGCGGACUCCGCGUCCUAUACCAAGCGCUUGAGUUGUUCCAGUAGCUAUGUGUUUAGCAAGGACUCCUCCACUUUUGGUUCCUUGACGUCCACUCCGCGUUCGAAGAACCGACUGACCCUGCACUGCGAUCAACCGAGUCCUUACCGCACCUCGGUUCACAUCAAGGAGCACAACUACCUGGCCGCCAUCGCUGGGCAGCCAAUUAGCAAUGGCAUCUCGAAUCUCUCACUAAAUUCCAAUACGGAUUCGGGGCACUCUCAGGACACGACCACAAUUGGAGCCUACACCAAUGGAGAUGCAGAUGUGGCCCUGCGAAAUGGCCACAAUCGCUCGGUGAGCGUUACCCACGCACAGAUCCUCUCCCGCUGCGAUAAAUUCAGUUCGGCGGAGAGCAAGGACCUGCUCCUGGGCUUCUUGUUCAUCAUCAAACACCUAUCACAGGACCAAAUGGUGGGCUGGUGGCAGAACUGCAAUGAGUCCGAGACCCUACAGUUUCUCUCCAUUCUGGAUCUCUGCCUCCUGCAAUUCCGCUAUGUGGGCAAGAAAAGUGUGGUGAUAACUCCAGACACCCGCCAAGGACGUUCGGCCAAGGCCAACACUCUUCCAGCAAGGACACAACCACCCACAGGGUUGGAAAACGGCAACCAGGAACAGCAGCCAAACAGUGGAACUCUGAAUCAAACCAGGGAACAUCUACUAGAGGAUAUGGACACUCUGGCCAGGAGUCAGUUGGCUCUUUAUGAAUCCAAUUUGGCCACUGAAGUGGGCAUGAUAAUAUUGGAUUGCUUAGGGAUGUAUGUCCUGCAAUUCAGACAACUCCUGGCAGACAGCCUCAUCUUGCCCAAGGUGGCCAGGGUUUACCUGAGAUUCCUGCAGUUGGGCCAAUCGGAAAGGCUUUCCAAACACGUCUUCGCUGCUUUAAGAGCUUUUAUUAACAACUAUGCAGUGGCCUUGUUUAAAGGCAAUGCCAUGUUGUGUGGUCAGAUGGUCUAUGAGCUCCUUAAAGCCUGCGAUAGUCGCCUGGUGGAGAUUCGCCAUGAGUCGUGCGCUGUUUUGUACCUCCUCAUGCGCAGUAACUUUGAGUUCAGUGGUAGAAAAGCACUAACCCGAGUACACCUGCAAGUUAUAAUCUCAGUAUCGCAGAUGAUUGGCAACGUAAUUGGACUGAACAAUGCCAGGUUUCAGGAGAGCUUGUCCAUCAUCAACAGCUAUGCGAAUAGCGAUAAGGCGAUGAAGGGCACAGGUUUUCCCAUGGAGGUCAAGGAUCUAACUCGUCGAGUGCGCACUGUACUUAUGGCCACGGCCCAGAUGCAGGCCCAUCAUAUGGAUCCCGAAAGAUUGCUCGAACUACAGUAUUCGCUAGCCAAUUCAUAUGCCUCCACGCCGGAGCUUCGGCACACUUGGCUGGUGACCAUGGCCAGAAAUCACGAGCAGAACGGAAAUCUCUCGGAGGCCGCCUGUUGCCAUCUGCAUAUAGCUGCUUUGAUGUGCGAAUAUCUUCGUUUAAAAGGAGGUUGCACUCUCAGUUGGUCAUCCACCGCUUUCAAAAAGAUAUCUACGAAUAUACCCCGAGAUGAGCAGGGUCUUAAACUGGAUGCAGGUGCUCAGGACUCCCAGUACACGGAACAAAUGCUCCUUGAGCAACUGAAGCAGUGUGCCGAUUUCUUGGACCGCGCUGAAAGAUUCGAGUGCCUCGGAGAGCUCUACAAACUCAUCCUGCCCAUGUACGAAAGGGAUCGUAGUUUUCUGGACCUGGCUCACUGCUACGAACAUCUCACUCAAGCCUAUAACAAGAUCGUGGAGGUGAAUCGUUCUGGGAAAAGAAUGUUGGGUCGCUUCUACAGAGUCGUCUUCUAUGGAAUGAUGUACUUUGAAGAGGACCAUGCCAUCGAGUACGUGUACAAGGAACCCAAGCUUACUUCGCUGAGCGAAAUCUCUGAGCGACUGGGCAAGCAGUACAAGGAUAAGUUUGGAGCCGAUGUGGUGAAGAUGAUCAUGGACUCGUCACCGGUUAAAGUAGACGAAUUGGAUGCCAAACUUGCCUAUAUACAGGUCACCCAUGUGAUUCCGUUCUUCUCCAAGGAUGAGCUUGACCAAAGGCUCAAUGAAUUCGAGCAAAAUCAUGACGUGGACACGUUUAUGUACGAAACCCCGUUCACCAAAUCGGGAGCAGCCCGUGGAAGCGUAGAAGAACAAUGGAAACGCAAGACGGUUAUAAAAACUCAAUAUUCCUUCCCCUACGUUCUCAAACGUAUACCCGUAAAAUCACGCGAAAUCAUCGAACUAAGUCCCAUCGAGGUGGCUAUCGAUGAAAUGCAAUCUAAGGUUUCAGAGCUGGAGGAGAUCAUUCUGCCACCAGCCGAUGUGAAGAAAUUGCAGCUGCGUCUGCAGGGAAGUGUGGCGGUGACGGUAAAUGCGGGUCCUUUGGCCUACGCUCACGCCUUCCUCGAUGCAAAGGUGGUGAAUAACUUCUCAUUGGAUCGCGUCGCAGAUCUUAAGGAUGUCUUUCGCGACUUCAUUGUGGUCUGCCAAAAGGCCCUGUUCCUCAACGAGCGGAUUAUCAGCGCGGACCAGAAGGAGUACCACCAUGUGCUGAAGGAGAACUACGAGAAGCUGUGCCAGGCGCUCAGUGAGUUGCUCGACGACGAGUCCUUCCAGCCGCUCGGCGACGAUGCCGACAGCAUAAACCAACGCAACAGCAUGGCUUUGUUCAAUGCGAUCAGUGGCGCCUCCAAUAACUCAAGUACUGCUUAAGUUCAACAAAAUCAUAACAAAAAAGAUACCAAAAUUCUGAAACUCAGUCACCUACACGCACAGCUAACUUAACAAACCAAGUAUUGAAGAGUUCAAAUAACACGAUUCUGUGUAGAGAUCGUAAUGUGUUAGCGUAACCACAACGUAGACGUAACAUAGACUCACAGGUGUUCCUUUGUUUGAUGUUGUCGUUGAAUUUAAAAAUUAUCUUGCGGCAGGUAAAGCUCUAUUUGGGGCUUAACGGUUUGAAUCUCGGCUAAGGGAAUGCGCAUGUGACUAACCCCCUAAAAUAAACCCAGAUUUGAUGGCUAUUAAUCCGACCCAAAAACUAACCGUAAGCGCUUCAUGACAAAAUUUGGCUUAUCUAACCAUACGUUCUGUGACCCUUCCCAAUGCUUUUCCAUUAUGUAUUAACGAGUUUGUAAUUCUCCCUUUUUAGGACCGUAUUUUGUUGAGCAAAAUACCAGCAACAACACCCACCACCACAGUUCCCACAUAAACACACAGAACUCCACACACCAUUCAUAACCGAUAACCGAACUAUAUAUUCUGUGCUAAACGACCAGUUCCAUAAGUUCCAGUUAACCGAAAUCACUUGUUAAUUUCUAUGACUAAGCUUUACGAAUAAGUUUUAAAUUCCCUAUUGUUUGUUGUUAGAUUUUUAUGUUAAACAAUUUGAUUUAUUAUUAUUUCACAUUAUAAAUAAUAUAAUAUGAUUGUAUAUUUUUUCAAAGCAUGCCUGACAAAAAAUGGAACCAGAAACUAUUUUUAAAUUUACUUUUAAGCUUGCCUAUUAUUAUUUUAAUUUUAUUUUGCCAGAUUAAAUUUUGAAUUUGGUAGGAUAUCGGCUAAUGAUGCACAACUCUAUGCAACCUGUACCAGUUACUUUAUUAGAUAAAAUCUGCUAACUUUGUGUCUUCUUCUAAACUCGAAAUGGCUAAAGAAUCGUUUAAUAAUUUAAUUAUUCCUAAACGUAAAUGAAAUUAGACUUAGUGUUAACAACUAGACGAAUAAGUUCCCGCAAGCAACAGAACUUACCAAAGUAUUCAGAUAAAGGAAAUACCUAUUAAACAGAUCUAUGGAUAUAUAUUUACAUACAUGCAUUUUCUAGUGAAAUCGUAUAAAGAACUAAAUAAAAAUAUAUGCAUUAAAUGUUUAA